AUGACGCCACGCGCCGCCAGUAGAAACAUGGCGACGAAGGGACUCCGUCAGCGUAACAGAAGGGGAAGCAAACAAGAUUCCAAUAACGUAAACAAUACACCCAGCACUGACAACCGAGCAGCAAAAGACGAAAAAUGUACUGAGGACAAGUCGUCUGCUGACCAACGAAAUGAGUCAUCCAGUAAGGCAGGGCAGGUGUGGGCUCCUGAGGGUUCCACAGCCUUCAAGUGUCUGGUUUCAGCCCGCUUAUGUGCUGCGUUACUCAGUAACAUCUCUGACUGUGAUGAAACCUACAAUUACUGGGAGCCAACUCACUUCCUGUUGUACGGAACAGGGAUGCAGACAUGGGAAUAUUCUCCAGCCUAUGCGAUCCGUUCGUAUGCAUAUCUCUGGCUCCAUGCACUUCCUGCCUGUUUCCAUGCCAAAAUAUUACAAACCAACAAGGUCCUUGUGUUUUACUUCCUGCGCUGCAUGUUAGCAUUCACCUGUUGUGUGUGUGAGCUCUACUUCUACAAGGCCGUGUGUAAGAAGUUUGGCCUGCAUGUGGGACGUCUUCUGUUGGCUUUCCUUGUAUUGAGUGCAGGAAUGUUCUGUUCUUCUGCAGCUUUCCUGCCUAGUACCUUUUGUAUGUACAGCACAGUGGUAGCUAUGACUGGCUGGUUCCAGGGGCGCCCCAGUCUGGCUGUACUGGGUAUUGCAGCGGGGGCUAUAGUGGGCUGGCCGUUCAGUGGUCUUCUGGGCAUUCCUAUCGCCUUUGACCUGCUGUUUUUGAAGAAAAAGUGGAAAGAUUUUAUCCUAUGGACCCUGGUGGCAUUGCUGCUCUUUCUGGUUCCUGUUGUUGUGGUAGACAGCUACUACUAUGGGAAGCUGGUGAUUGCUCCUCUGAAUAUAAUACUGUAUAAUGUGUUCACCCCUCAUGGGCCGGAUCUCUAUGGCACAGAGCCAUGGCAUUAUUAUUUUGUAAACGGUUUCCUGAAUUUCAAUAUUGUAUUUGCCUUGGCUCUGUUUUCUCUUCCUCUCACUGCGCUUAUGGAGGCACUGCUGCAGAGAUUCAAUGUACAGAACCUCGGUCGACCAUACUGGUUAACCAUGUCACCAAUGUACCUGUGGAUGCUGGUGUUUUUUACUCGGCCACAUAAAGAGGAGCGCUUUCUGUUUCCUAUAUAUCCUCUCAUCUGUCUGUGUGGAGCUGUGGCGCUCUCUUCGCUUCAGAAGUGCUAUCACUUCAUAUUCCAACGCUAUCGUCUGGAGCACUACACCAUCUCCUCUAACUGGCUGGCUCUUGGCUCUGUGAUUCUGUUUGGAGUGCUCUCACUGUCCCGUUCUGUGGCUCUCUUCAGAGGCUAUCAUGCACCUCUGGAUUUGUAUCCGGAGUUUCACCGCAUUGCUAAAGACCCCACAAUCCACACGGUUCCAGAUGGCAGACUGGUCAACGUUUGUGUGGGCAAAGAGUGGUACAGAUUCCCCAGCAGUUUCCUGCUGCCUAACAACUGGCAUUUACAGUUUAUCCAGUCAGAGUUCAGAGGCCAGCUGCCGAAGCCAUAUGCCAGCAGGCCUGAUGCCACUUGGAUACUCCCAGCAGACAUGAACGAUGAGAACCUUGAGGAACCUUCACGAUAUGUAGAAUUAAAACAGUGCCAUUAUCUGGUAGAUCUGGCACAAGACGUAGAAACCCCUCGCGAACCAAAAUAUGCCGCUAACAAAGAAGAGUGGAGUGUAAUUGCUGACAAGCCUUUUCUAGACACUACCAGGUCCUCCAGAUUCUUCAGGGCCUUUUUUAUCCCGUUUCUGUCUGAGCAAUACACCAACUACAGCAGAUAUGUCAUCCUGAAACCACGACGACCCAAACACACCCGAAAAAGGACUCAACUGUGACGUGCAGAUCCUCACCAUCUCAUUCUCUCCUGUAGUGCUUGAUCAUAAAGCCCUUAAAUAUUCCUCAUCACAAACUCUGUGCAUACAUGUGUAUGCUUGUGGGUGUGUGUGUAAGAAUGUACCCAUGCCAGAGUUUAUUUUUCGACCAAGUGGGCUGUUUCAACCUGUUUUUAUACAUCUGCUGCGUGCUUCCCAUCCUCGGACAGUUCCAGCACAGAGCAUGGAUGCCUUACCUAUUUUACCAGUAGUGACCCGAUCACCUCCGCUCCAUUCCAUUCCAUCCCAUGCCUUCUCUUUUCCUUUUUUCUGUAUAGCUUAACACAAAUGCCUGCUUGGGCUUCUUUGCAUCCUUCUAAAAGAAGAGUUCUUUUAAACAACCCUCACAUGUGAAAUCUCUCAUCUGAUCUGGGACGUUGAACUGUACUCCAUGAAUGCAGGCCCAAACCAGAUCUCAUGUUGCAUCAUUUGUCAGAUAUUCAUCUGUAGGCAUGAACUUUAUUGGUCCUGUCGAAGGUCCAGCUGUGGCAUCUCAGGACGAAAAAUGCACCAAAAAAACUUUUCUCUGUUUUGUAAAAGUGGACAUUGUGAGGUUGCAGAGCAGGACGGUUGAGUGUUUACAUUCCAAAUCAUGUUUGUCAUAUUGAUCAUAUCAGUGUUAACUGUGAUCGAAUCAAAUAAAAGAAGGCUGAUUUAAAUGUA